AUGUCCGUUAAAUUGGUUUUUAAAGAGUUCGGGGAAUGUGAUCAAUAUUGCCUGUUCGCGAAAGGCCAGUACGGCUUCUGGAUUGUAGACAGCUACAACUCCCCGUCAAGCCAGCCGUGGAGGCAGUCCUGGACCAACAUUGACACCCGUUAUGCCGGAGGGUCUGGCACUACCAGCUUCAGCGGAGGAGAGACUCCCAUUGCUGACGGAUACUCUGCUGCGAGCUAUGGAUCUCCUCAUUACUCCUACAGCUGGUACUAA